GUUCGGUUACUGUGCGAAGUCGUGUUGGUUUUUUAUUGGAAAGUUUUAAGUGUUCAGGUGGAAUACUUAGGAAAAAAUAAAUGUUUGCCAGAACUCUGUUUCGUGUUAAGAAAAAUGUCCGUAUUUAAUUUAUUUCAAGCAAAUAUUCUUGCAUGUCUGUGUGUGUCUUUCAUUACGUGUAUUCAAAUACCUGGAAUGCCAAGUACAGAAAACUUAGAAAAGAUUCCUUUUAAAGGGAAGCCAGUGUCACCCUGUCGUGCUUGUCGUAGUCUUGUAACGUCGUUUUUAAAGGCUGUUGAAGAAACAGGUCGUCAAAACUUUGAAGGUGGAGAUGCUGAUUGGGAAAAGAAAAAGCUUCGACCAUAUGAGAACAGUGAACUAAGGUUUAUAGAAAUACAAGAGAAAACAUGUGCAGAUGUAGGUAGAGGAAAAGACCAGUGUUAUAACCUAGCUGAAGAGCAUGAAGCUGACUUAGAAGAAUGGUUUUUUGCAAAAAGGCUGGAAAAUGUAGACUUAUUAGAAUCUUUGUGCUUAAACAAACUGCAAGUUUGUUGUCCUAAUAAUACAUAUGGCCCUGACUGUAUUCCUUGCCCAGGCGGAAUUGAAACUCCAUGUGGUGGUCAUGGUAAAUGUUUAAAUGGCGGAACUAAGGAUGAACCUGCUUCUUGUUUUUGUGAUGCUGGUUAUGUUGGAGAUUUAUGUGAUCAGUGUGCGAAAGGUUACUACCAAGAAGAAAGUUCUUCCAGUCUAUCAUGUAAACUAUGUGACAUGGCAUGCAAAGGACAUUGCAGAGGACCUGGUCCAAAAAAUUGUGAAGUGUGUGCAUUUGGUUAUCGUUUUGUCCCUAAUGAAGGCUGUGUUGGUCACUAUGAUGAUUAUAAAAGGAAAGUUUUGAUGAAGGACUUGACAUCCAAUUUAUCAAGUGAAAAAAUGAAUGAUGAUAACUCUGAAUCUGCAAGUUCUAUAAAUGAUGAUUCUGGCACGGCAAGUGCACAACUUUCUGAACAUUCCGAGCUUUAAACUUUCUUCCUGCUGUUGUACAUAAUAAUUCUGUAUUAAAAUAUUUCAAUUAA